GUCCCAUCAGUUUCAGCACGGUCGCCGCUUCAAUUCUACGACCCCUCCCGGAUCCCCUCAAGAAACUACCUCCGUCCUCUUUCUUCUUUCUGAGGAUGGAAGAUCACCAGGAGGGAUCAAUAACCUGUCCGAGCGCACUGCCGCACAACCUGGUUCGUGACCAUGUCACUCACUAUCUUGGCUGCAUUGAUAUCCGGGAUCGGAAGGGAUACUUCAACCUUUCACAAUCCCACUGGCAUGGAUCGGUGGAUGCACAUCGAGAAGCAGAGCAGGCGAAAGAACAGAUAAACUUCGAGUUACGAUCGAUACGAGAAACGCGGGAAGCAAUUCUCAAGAACAAUGACCAGUUUCAUAUUGUUCGGAAUGUCGAAGAGAGCGGCAAUACGUGGAGAAGCUCCCCGGAAUACCACAUGGGCAUCCCCCAAGUACGGAGGUGGAAGUCCUUGUCUGGAGCGGGAAGAGGCAGCGUUAGCCAUAAAGACACCAAUAGGAACGAUGACCCGACUCCCUAUCCCGAUUCAUCCAACAACACUACGGAUAGGGCACCACAUGAAACGGUUAGCGACGCCGCCCACGGGUAUGUCAUGAGGCUUCCUAGACCAACAGAAGACCCCGAUACACAAUCCACUCUUCGCAUAUAUGAACACAAACUAUCAGUCCAGGAUCUACUGAGCCGGAAGGAUCCCUGGUCUAUGGCUUUACCCUCUCAAGAAUCUUCCAAGUACAUUCGUUACUACCACCUACCUGCCAACAAUAUGGAGUGGGUUGAGGAAGCAAUAAGACGAUAUGCUGAGGGGCACCUUUCGCAACCUGGCCGUGAAGUUGAACCAAACGACCCUGCUCUUCUACAAGAGGUUUCAAGAAUACUUCCACCCCAUUUAUGGCGCGGCCGUCAGCAUCCAAAACGACACGACCUCCCUUUACGGCACCAAUUACCAGUGUGUGUCCGGCUUGGAGAUGUCGGUUCAAGAUGGUCACCUUCAGCUCGAUACAUGAUUUUGAUGCCAUACUUGCACUGGGACACAGUUCACCAUCAUAGGGCAAUCUCGAAUUUGAUUGCAAAUGUCACUCACGAAUACCGUCGGGCUCGGCGCUAUGAGGAAGAACGGGACAGAGAGCAGAGAAAACUUGCAGAAUAUCGCCGGCGAAACCCGGCGUCCUCGGGAUCGUCAAGCCCAGCAUCCCCAGCACGGUCAAACGCACGAGUCGAUGUACCGACUACAGGUACCAGUGCCGGGAACCUUCGACAGUCACCCAUCCGUUCAUUCACCAGAUUGGCAGCCAUUAAGUUCCCACAAUUCAAGAGCUUCAGGAAAUUCUAUUUCGAUCAGUACGGCCGUUUGAUUGUCUAUAGUGCCCUGGGACAGUACUUGAUCGAUGCUGCUCGCCUUUUCACAGCCAUGACCCUGUAUCAGGACGCGACAAUCAUACGUCGUUAUUUAUUUGCGAACACCCCUAUUCAUCCGCGUCGCAGCCUUAAUCAGGCAAAGUUCUGGACCACAGACCCUGCGAACGAUGGGGACCGGGACCAGGUUGUUUGGAACGCAACGAGGCCUAACAAUAUACAGCCUCAUGAACUUCCGGACGACCAGUCCAGCAUCGCAUCAAGUGUAUCGCGGCUUAUCAUGGUUGACCAACUUUGGAUGUGGAUUCUAGACCCUAGCACCGUUGUCACAGCGUUCCCAACUCAGUAUGGAUAUCGAAAGCACGAACUAUCGGACACUCACUCGUCCCUACGUGCGAGACUUCAUACAAUGGGGAUCCAACACAACCCAAUCGCUUUCAGUUAUCACCUUGCCCUGGUGAUUAUCGAUGAAUGUACAGAUGCUCUCUUCGACCGUCUUUCGCCCCCAGCAGGUGAACCACAAGUCAUUAGCAUUUUCUCUGAGAAAGUUGACGACAUUAGAAAGAAGCACAAUAUGCUGCUGCACGAACUACUUCGGUGGUCGGAAAGUAUAGCCGCCCUACAGUUGUCAGCUAUUCGAGGCAUCACCCCGAGGGAAUUUCUGGAGCGCUGUCCGCUACCAGCAAGCAUUACUGCUGAAGCAAAUCUGCAGGUUGAGACCAAUCACGUCAUUGAAGAGCUCGAAAACCUAGUCCAUAUAACCCGAAUGCAGGCCAAGACAGUGAGGACUUUCUGCAACCUUUUCUCUCAAAAGAAAGUGGAAGGGAUUCGGGAAUUGCAGGCUCGGGAAUUGCAGGCUCGGGAAUUGCAGGCUCGGCACCAAGUAAAAUUCGAGACCGUAAACACGAUUUGGGAGGACAAGGAGUUGAGCAACUGUGCGGGGAAUUUACAGCGGAAGUUGGACGAGCGGCUUCGUAGCCUUGAGGAGUUAAGGGACAACGCACGCGAAGUAACCCGCGGGUUGAAAGACACACUUGCUCUCAAGGAGCAACAAGACAAUAUCAUCCAGGGCUGGCGCACACAACUCGAGAGUUCCAAGAUGAUGGACCAGAACCGCUCUAUUCUAGUCUUUACCAUCGUCACAAUCAUUUUCGAGCGUCCUCGUGCUAUCCCUCUUCCCUUGUCUUUCCUAGCCACCGUUUUCGGGAUGAACGCAUCUGAGUUCUCGUCGGAGAACAACAUGUCCAUACGUGACCAGUUCAAGUACAUCUUCCCUCUCUCCGCUACCGUCAUCCUCCCUACCGUUAUUUUCGCCCUCACAGACGUCGCCCACGAUAUCUGGAUUCUCUUAGGGGACUAUAUCAAUGAGCUAAGUCUCUAUCUAGGUUUCCAGGACCUAGCAGUUGGGAUUCGGCGAGCGGCGGGUGAAGCAUCCAGCGCGUCGAGAGAGCGAGUUGCAAAAGCCACGGGUCGCCGAGCGGACUGA